AUGGGGUCUGGAAGCAGCCUGGGUAUUGCUCUGCUGUGCUGGGCACUGGCUGAAGUGGUGUCUUACAGCCCCUGGGAUCUCUCCCCAAGGGACUCAGGGGUCUUGAGGGUCCGAGGGGACUCUUCGUGGAGAUGGCACCAGGUGCCUUCCUUCUCCCAGCCCUCCCCGUGGGCAUGGGUGGACGUCUCCCAGCUCCAGGCUGCUGCCCCCCUGCACCCCGUGGCUGUGCAGUGUCAGGAGGCACAGAUGGUGCUCACAGUGCACCGGGACCUCUUUGGCACUGGGCGCCUGGUCCAGGCUGGGGACCUGACCCUGGGCACGGCCAGCUGCCCGGCCACAGCCCAAAAUGCUGCUGAGAAAGUGGUGACCUUUGUGGCUGGGCUGCAUGAGUGUGGCAGCACCCUACAGAUGACCCCAGACUCCCUGAUCUACAAAACAAGCUUGUUCUACAAACCCACUGCCGCUGGCAACACGGUCAUUGUAAGAACCAGCCCAGCCGUGGUUCCUAUCGAGUGUCACUACCCCAGGAAGAGCAACGUGAGCAGCAAUGCUGUCCGGCCUACCUGGGCUCCCUUCCACUCCACGCUGUCAGGGGAAGAGAAGCUGGUGUUCUCCCUGCGCCUCAUGAGCGAUGACUGGAGCUCCGAGAGGCUCUCCAAUGGCUUCCAGCUGGGGGAAAGCCUGCACCUCCAGGCCGAUGUUGUGGUGGGGGGCCACGUGCCCCUGCGCCUCUUUGUGGAGGACUGCGUGGCGACUCCGAGUGCAGACCGGAGCUCCUUGCCCCGCUACGCUUUGAUUGACCUCAGCGGGUGCUUGGUGGAUGGGAGAGCUGAUGACACCACCUCAGCAUUCGUGUCCCCACGGCCGAGGCAGGAAACGCUGCAGUUUGUGGUCGAUGCUUUCAAGUUUGCAGGAGAUGACAGGAACCUGAUCUACAUCACCUGCCACCUGAAGGUCUCCCCAGCUGACCAGGCCCCAAACCCACUGAACAAGGCCUGUUCCUUCAACAAAGCCAGCAGCCUCUGGGCUCCCGUGGAGGGCACCGGGGACAUCUGCAGCUGCUGUGAGACGGGCAACUGUGCACUGUAUGGAGGCUACUCCCGGAGAAAUAACCCCCUGGCCAGGUGGCCAGGGAGGCGCUUGAGGAGAGACAUUUCUUCCAGGCAAGGGAAAUGA